GUCCCGAGGGAGCUGUCUUAUCUUGCCAUCUGUUGAGCGUGUGUGUCCCCUGUGGAGUUGGUUCGCUCCGUUGCUGUGCGCCUCUGGAUUGAGAGUAGAGCAGAGCGAUCGAGAGGAGCUGUGCGUGCGGUCGCUCUUCAGCUUUGAACGGUCUGACCUGAUGAAAAUGUUUCAUUAAAACCACGACCUGCUCUUUCAAUUAUGUGACAGUCGGCUGUUUCCACAGUACAACGCGUCUGGACCGCUUAGGGAAUCAGUCGAGGAACAUUUUCAAGCCUCAAAGAGCCCAGCUGAUUCAGGGUUUGUGCGUCCUGCUACCUGCACAGUGCGAGACCGACCCCUCCGUAAAUUCAAAUGGCUUGCUGUUUGAAGGACGAACUCUUGUGUUCCAUUUGCCUGAGCAUUUAUCAAGACCCUGUCAGUUUCGGCUGCGAGCACUACUUCUGCCGUAAGUGCAUCACUGAGCACUGGAGCAGACAGGAGCAUCACGGGAUGCGAGACUGCCCGGAGUGCAGGAGGACCUUCACGGAUCCCCUUCUGUCCCCGAGCCUAAAGCUCUCCAACAUCGUGGAGAGGUAUGCCGCUUUCCCUCUGGACGCCAUCCUGAACGCCCAGAGGAACUCGUACCCAUGCAAGGACCAUGAAAAGGUCAAGCUCUUCUGCUUAAGUGACAAGAGCUUGGUGUGCUUCUUCUGUGAUGAGCCUGCCUUACACGAACAGCACCAAGUCACCACCGUUGACGAGGCUUAUGAGGAAAUACAGAGGGAGAUGAAGGAGCAGCUGGCGACUCUACAGGACAGUGAGAAGGGUCAUACGGAGGCUUUGCAGCUACUGCAGAGACAGCUCACCGAAACCAAGUCAUCAGCAAAGAGCCUUCGUGCUACAAUUGGUGAAGCUUUUGAGCGACUUCACCGCUUCCUGCGGGAACGACAGAAGAGCAUGCUGGAGGAGCUGGAGGCAGAUACGGCGCGCACGCUUUCUGAUAUCGAACACAAGAUCCAGCGCUACAGCCAGCAGCUCCGUGAUGUCAAGGAAGGGAUCCAGAUCCUUCAGGAGCGACUCAGUGGGACCAGCCGUCACGAGUUCUUGGAAGGAAUAGCCCUGACGUCAGACAGGGAGCAAGUGAUUCGUGGAGGGUAUUGCUGGUGGAAGAUACCAAGAAUAAAGGGAAAGAUCCAUGAAACCAACCUCACUUAUGAAGACUUCCCAACGUCCAAAUACAUGGGACCACUACAGUAUACAAUCUGGAAGUCUCUGUUUCUGGAUAUAUCCCCAGUGCCUGCUGCUUUAACCAUGGACCCCAUCACUGCUCACCAGCGGCUCAUAUUAUCAGACGACUGCACCAUCGUUGCGUACGGGAACCUGCAUCCACAGCCCCUGCAGGAUUCACCGCGCCGCUUCGACGUUGAGGUGUCAGUGCUGGGAGCCGAGGGCUUCUCGGCGGGCGUCCACUACUGGGAGGUGAUGGUGUCUGAGAAAACCCAGUGGAUGAUCGGCGUGGCCAACGAGACGGUCAACCGCAAGGGCAGCAUUCAGAUCCAGCCCAGCAGAGGCUUCUACUGCAUCGUCAUGCACGACGGUAACCAAUACAGCGCUUGCACCGAGCCCUGGACGCGCCUCAACGUAAAGAGCAAACUCGAGAAAGUGGGCGUCUACUUGGACUACCCCAAAGGUCUGCUGGUUUUCUACAACGCUGACGACAUGUCCUGGCUCUACACCUACCGAGAGAAGUUUCUAGCUAAACUUUAUCCAUACUUCAGCCCCGGUCAAAGUCACGCCAACGGAAAAAAUGUUCAGCCCUUGCGAAUUAACACCGUGCGUUUAUAGGAGCUGAGUCAGCAGAGAAGAAGAAACUGAAAUCUAGGUUGUAUAAUAACAUUUCGUUUUCAGCUUACCUUAGGGUGCUCGGUGGAUCGUCGAAACUUUACUGAAUAAAGCAAUCUGACUGAUGGAUUGUGACGUAAGGCUCUGUAGAUGCCUGGAGUUGGUAAAUAAAAUGGAGAGCCUUGCACUUUUCUGAGAACUGCCUGUGGGUGUUUUGUACAUUUUAUUGUCGCCGGUCAUUUGUAGUCUUGCCGUGGCCGGCCUGCUUGCCCAAGAUUCCCAGCUGCUUGUACACAACACCCCGACUUCUGUCCCUUCAGCCCCUGCAGGGUCCAAAUGCUCCUUUCAUGGCUCAAGCCUGGGAAAAAGAGCUUAUCUGUUGUGCAGACAGAAAUAAAAAUGAGUUGCCCGUUUUGUUUUGUGCAAUUGGUUUUGGUGUGUUUGUGGAGACACUGAACUAGUGCUGUACGAACUUCUUUUUUCUCAGUAACUGCAUGAUCGGUGAGUGGAAUAUUGUGUCCCUCAGGUCAUGUGGACAGAGUCUGGCUGCAGUAAUCAGGCGCCCUGUAAGCGUGAAUGAUCGUGUACGUGUUUUAUCUCCUUCUAGUCGAGAUUCAGGACUCGAACGCCGCUAACGCAUCUGUUGCGAUUAUGAAAAUGGGGCCAUGACUUCGCGCAUUUAUACAUCUCGCAGGACAGGUGUAGCUGUGGCUUUGGUGAAAAGUGAAUCCCACGCAUCUUCCUUUCCCUUUUGCCUCUAUCGCUUUUAUUUAUUCAUCUUGUGCUUACUUUCUAGAACAUUCCAGUGUUUAGGGUCCCGGGACGUUUUGUUUUAAGAGGGUUCAAGUGUUAAAGAGUACGCUGGGUGAUCACUGCUUUAACGCAUCUAAUCAGAUUAUAAGAUGCUGAAAGACAUUUCCAUUUCUGAGAGACUACAUCUGUUGCUCUUUAGAAAAGUGUUUAAA